AUUAUGAAGUGCUAAAAAGGAAUGAGCACUAUCAAUUUCAAAACAGAUGAUUUAUUAAAUCAAACUUUUUGUAUAAAACCGAUAAAAAGAUUAAGCUCAUAACAAAUAUGGAAUCUGCAAACAACAUUCUUCCUAGAGAGGCAGACAUACAAAAAGAGUAUAUUUUGAAAAAGUAUAAGAUAGGUUUUCCUAAGUGUGAACUGACAUCUGUCCAUAAAGAUGAAAUUCCUUGUGAAAAACCGAAUUGUUUAUAUGACCUUCAAGCAUUUCAUGUGAAUAAGGAACCAAAGUACAAGCUUCGACAAGCAAAUACUUUUCCCGGAUUGAAAAAUUUAGGAGCAACUUGUUACAUCAACAGUUUACUUCAACUGUGGUUUCACAAUAUAAAUAUUAGAAAUGCAAUAUUAAAUUGGGAUCCCAUGGAUGAUGAGGAUGAAAAAGAAAAUGAAACUCUUUUCAUUGAAAAUUCAUAUGAGCCGAUGACUGUAAUUGGUCAUCUUCAAUUAAUAUUUGCCCAAAUGCAGUUUGGAAUUCAGAAAACAAUAAAUCCUCAACCCUUCGUAAAAUCGUUAAAUAUUGAUGUUAAUAUUCAGGAGGAUUCGGAAGAAUUUCAAAAUUAUUUAGUAACAUUUUGCCACGAGAAAUUAAAUUCACAAUCAAAUGUGUCUGUUAGAGAAAUGAUAAAAGACAAUUUUUUUGGUGAAUCUAACAGUGUAACUAUAUGUUCAAACUGUAAAACUAAAUCAGUAACUAAAUCACAAUUUAGGGAAAUUGAAUUGUACAUUAAAUGCUAUAAAACCGUAACUGACUGUUUACAAGCGUAUUUUAAAAAAGAACAAAUGACAGGAAAAGAUAAAUAUGACUGUGAAAAAUGUCAAAGUAAACAAAACGCUGUUCGUCAAAUUGUAUUAACUUCAUUACCGAAUUUAGUACAUCUUAAACUCAUGCGUUAUGUAUAUGAUAACAAUUUGAUGAUAACAACAAAAUUAAAUACUGAAAUUAGAUGCCCGUACACUAUAGACAUGGGAAAGUAUUUUGAUGUAUCGUGUGAAUCAUCAAAAGAGAAGCAUGUGUAUAGUUUAUAUGGAGCUAUAAUCCACAAAGGCAGAAAUGCAAAUGUUGGUCAUUUCAUUACACAUAUAAAAGAUUUGACAACCGGACAAUGGUAUGAAAUGGACGAUGAAAAUGUGAAAAUGUUGAAUACUUAUGAUUUCAAUUUGGAAAUUGAAAGCAUAUUUAAGGAAUUAGCAUCAUUUAAAUCUUUCAGCAUUUUAACAAACGAGUACAAAACGAAUAAUGCAUACAUGUUGGUGUACAUAAGAGCUUCCAUAGUAAUGAAAUUAAAAGCCGAAUCAUCUAACUUCACAUUAUCACCACGACUGACUGAGUUAAUUAAGACCCUAAACAGUUAUUAUGAAGAUAGUUUUUCAUAUGAAAUGGAAAAUAUAGAAUCUGCACAAUUCAUAUCGAAUUUAGUUGAAGAAAUUAAAUGUAAUGGAGUAAAAAAAGAUGAAGGCGAUGCUAUUUCGUUUCCCUGGCUAACAUCAUUGGCGGACACAAGACCUCCUGAGGAAGUUUUUGAAAUAAACAACUUAUCCAUAGUAUGUCCACAUAACAAACUGAAUCCUAAUGCAUUACACAUAACCAAAUACAUUGGAACAGAACUGGCUGACAAACUGUAUGAUUUGUAUCAAGGGGGUCCAAGACUUAGGUUAAAUUCAUCAUUAUGUGAUUUAUGUGUUAGAAAUAGAUCUGCCUUAGUAUGCAUGAGGAAAUUAACUGAUGGACAUAAAUAUCUCAUAUCUGACAUUCAAGAAGGUUACUCCAUAAAUAAUAAUAAAAAUGACAAAAACAAUGAACAAACUUUUUUUUGGUUAGGAAUAAAAUCGUCUCAAUGUUGGCAGGUAAAAUUUUUGAAGAUGUUUGAUAAUUUUCUAAAACGUCACAAAAUACUUCCUAAUGCAACUUUGCCAAUAAACAAAGAAUUAUUAGGUGCCACUUGUACAUCAUUAAUAGGAAUUUUAGAUGAAACAUUUUUCAAUCUAGGUAUAGAAAAUAAUAAUAUUGAAACAGAUGACGACACGGAAAGAAUAUUAUUUGAACCUGAUUAUAAUAUUAGUCUGUACAAAUUUAAAGAAGAAGUUAUGAGUGACUACUUUGAAAACUUAGAAACUGAACGCACUCGCAUAAUGUUCGAUUUCAAUGACAACCUGAAUAGAUAUACAGACAAUGUUUUUUAUAUAGAAAAUACAGGUAAUGAGCGAUGGACAUUAAAUGAAGAUAUAACAUGCCCACACGGUAACUUAUGUAUAGCUGACGAGACAAGGAUAUUAGUUCCAAAAAAAGUGAAAAAUAUUUUGCUACGUUACUUUCCUAAAGUAGAACUUUUUGCUAAAAAUACCAAACCAUGUAGACUGUGUAAGGCAUUUUAUAAAAAUGUAUUCAAUCCGAGAAUGAUAAAUUUUAUGAGUGGUACUUUACAGAGGAAACAUGUAUAUACUUUAAUAUGUGAUGAUACAAGACCUAAUUCCACGGAAGAAAAUUGUCCAUAUUUUUGCAUUACCAAGGACUUUCUUGAAUCUUGGCAAAGAUUUACUGCCAGACCUCGUGAAGAACCCAAGCCCCUAAUGAUUAAUAACAAAUCCCUCCUUUGCCAAGAUCACAAUGAAUUGCUUUUCAAACCAACAUCUAAUUUUGUCACUACAGAUCAGAGUGUAUCAGUGAUAAUAACCAAAGAAGAAUGGUUAUAUCUGCUAGAUUUUUACCAAGCUGAUUGUGGAGUAUUUGUGUAUUUUGAUAAAAAUGGAAUAUUUCAAAAGUCCAUACCAAAAGUCUGUGGGAUAUGCAAAAAAAAAACACUGGGCAAAGAAAGAAAGUUUGAGGAUUACAUAAACAAAAAAAUAUUUAUUCAAGUAAACUCAAACCAUUUCAAAUUUUACGAAACGGACAGUGAGUUUGUGGGCAAUUGUGCGAAGAAAUUUAAACAAGAUGUUGAAUCGACAAAUAACGCCAGUGCAGUAGCAGCAGUAGCAGUCUCUUCAAUAAACAUUGACAACAGAGCUACUGAUUAUGGAACCAGGAGAAUAGGAAGACAUAUGCCACAGCAACUAAGUUUUAUAAUGUCAUCGAAUGAUACAGUUUUCUUACUUAAAAAUAAGAUAGAAAAAGUAUUCAAUGUCUCGCCCGCUAAUCAAAUUUUAGAAACAGAAUCAGGAAAACCAUUAAUUGAAAAUGAAGCAACAUUAAAAGAUCUACAAAUCUAUCCUGGAUCAGUGAUAAAAGCAAAGUUUAUCGAUGCAUGUUUAACCAAAAAAGUUGCUGUAAAAGAAGGUGAAUUUGAAAGUAGUCCACAUAUGAAUUGAACAACCCGACUAUUAAUUAUACAUUCAAAAAAAACAGUUUCAAUAAUUGUUAGUGACUGAUUGAAUUGUUACUAUUAUAUUUAUUUAGAAAACUCUUUUUUAAGAUGUCCAUGCAUCAAGUUUGUAUUAUAUUUUUAAUUAUUAAGUUUGAAAUUAUAAAACCAUUAAUACUAUUAUGUUAAGGUCAAUUUUCAAAAUGUUGUAGUGUUGUAUCAUCCUAUAAAUUUUUUUUAUGUAAAAUGAUGCCAAAAAUUUUUAAGUUUAUAUUUAAUUUUAGGAUUUUGAAUAUGUAAACAGCCACUCAUGUAUUAUAAAUAAAAAUGUUUACUAUAUUUACUAUAUAUAUAUUUGUUUCAUGUUUGUUAGUGAUAUUGGGUAAUACACAAGUAAUUUUAUUAUUUUAGUUGUUGGUGGUUUUAAAUA